UUUCAGAAUUUUUGAGCUAUGUCGACGCUCCAGCCCGUGAAUCCGAAGCCGUUUCUCAACUCCCUGACUGGUAAACCGAUUGUGUGCAAGUUAAAGUGGGGUAUGGAAUAUAAAGGUAUCCUCGUGGCAGUGGAUGGAUAUAUGAAUUUGCAAAUGGCUAAUGCGGAGGAGUAUAUUGACGGAAAUAACACUGGAAAUUUAGGCGAAAUUCUGAUCAGGUGCAACAAUGUUCUUUAUGUGGGAGGUGUCGAUGCUGAGGCUGAAUCAUGAUAUCUUGCAACUUCGUUGUAUCUUUGUUUUGUUUUGUAUUUUGUUAUGUGAU